GCCGUAUCAGCGGCUGACAAAAGCGCUGCAAUGCGAUCCGAGGUGUGGGCACGAGGUGACCAUAGGCCGCCGCAUCGGUCUCUACAGAUUCUGUGGCGACAUUGGACGCGGCAAUUUCUCGAAAGUGAAAUUGGCCGUGCAUCAAUUGACGCGCGACAAGGUAGCAAUCAAGCAAAUUGAUAGAACCGGGCUCGAUGCCAAGGCCUUGCGUAUGCUGUCCAGCGAAAUCGCAACUCUCGAAUUUGUUCACCAUCCAAACAUAUUAAGGCUUUUCGAAGUGGUUGAGACUUUGGGGCGUGUCUAUUUGGUCACGGAAUGGAUACGUGGCGGCGAGCUAUACAACCACAUCACGCAGGGCGGACCGCUCCGGGAGAUUCACGCCGCUCCUCUAUUCAAGCAAUUGCUGCUGGCUGUAAAGCAUAUGCACAGCCUUGGUUACGUACAUCGAGACAUCAAGGCGGAAAACGUUCUGUUGCUUUCCGAGGAUCGUUUAAAGUUGGCAGACUUUGGUUUCAGCACACAGCUCAUAAAUGGUGCCAAUCAGAAGCUCGACACAUUUUGCGGCUCGCCCCCCUAUGCCGCACCCGAGCUCUUCUCCGAUGACCACUAUAUUGGUGCGCCGGUCGAUGUGUGGGCUUUGGGGAUUUUGCUCUACUUCAUGGUCGUGGGAGAUAUGCCAUUUCGGGCUCCGACAAUACCUGGUUUGAAGGCAGCAAUACUCAAAGGCGACUAUUUGCUGCCAGGACAGCUCAGCUUGCCGUGCAUAAGACUAAUACAACGCAUCUUAAUCCAUAUCCCAGCGCAACGGCCUACAAUUGACGAUAUGCUCAACAGUCAGUUCGUGAUCUGUCCGAAGCUGAGUGCUGAACUGAUGCAGCAUGAACUCAAUCAGCACAGCAAGCCCGUUAAGCGAUCCAUAUUCUGGGUACGCUCCAAGUCGCGGCGCCUGCGCAAGUCCGCUUCGCUACGGGAACGUUACGUGGAUGCCGUCAAAAAGCCAGCCAUCAGCAUGAAUACGCGCCAGCAGGACGAGAUGUUUGUGGACAGCUUCCUGCAUCCCAUCGAAAAGGGGCACGAGGUAAUGCAGUACAGUGGCGGCCGGAAGGAAGCAAAUGUGGCCAAGACGGCCAAUUCGAAUUGCACACCGAAGCGGUAUUUGUUUUGUGGCACGCUCAAGAAGAAGAUCACACCCAUUGAAACGGAGCCCGAGAAGCAGCUUUCGAAUGGAGUCGGUGGUGCAGUUAAGCUAAGUCCCUGGAACGUGGAGGUGGCCAGCGAUUGCCCGAUGUUCAAGAACUAUGAUGGGGAGACGGGCAACUUCAUAAUGCUUCCCAGCGACACUGAUGAUCUCAGCCAGUUGACGGCGCUGGAGUUUGAGGCACGCCAACUGCUCGCCGAAUUAGGGAUCACCAGUGAGAUGCUGCGCAACGCACUGCCCAGUGGUCCACGGUCCGAUAUAAUUGGCUCCUAUCGCAUUGUAAUCAACCGAUUGCAGAAGCAAUCCUGGCUAGCACGCAAGCAUGUGGAGAUGGCGCUACAAGAGAUGCCAAAGAUUGAAAAGAAAAUCGAACGCUCGUGCUGUAUUCUUUAAGAUGCAGCACAAAGCCGUAGUCCUUACUUAUUUAGACGAAUAAGUUCCAUCAAGGCACCCUUAUAUUGAAUCCGUUUUGAUAAGUCAAAUUGAUAUACCUCUUUUAAUUUUUUGUUGAAUAUUACGUUCAGUAUGAAUUAAAAAAUCCAGUCCAAUCGUACAAAAGCCCUUGAAUCUUAAGUUUCAGAAUAGGGAGGGCCGAUGGAGCUUAUUUCCUUUCAAUUAACUGGACGGAGUUUGUUAUUUAAUGUUAUUAAUAUAGCGUCAAUUUGAAAGCGUCAGCUCAUAAGGCUAGGGCCGUCUGUUGUUAUACAGUAUAGUAGUAUUGUAGUAGUAUUUCGUUCUAUGUAAAGAGUUCCUUAUUUCUGUAGCUUGAGUUUUUAAACUGUUAAUUAAUUUUAUGACACAUAUUACAAUACGAGUAUUGCGGUACGAUAUUUAGAAUGCGCGCAUGAUAAGGCAUCUUAAUAAAAAUCGACAUAAACACUCGUGUAUGACGUCGAA